AUGGAGAAGAACACCGUUGCCCCGACCGAGUCGCCGCCCGUCAGUCCCUCAUCGAGUGUUGACACCGAUGGCGAGGACUUGACGUUGUUUGAGAAGAAGUGCUUGCUCAUCAAUCGAGAGACCGAUGGAAAUGGCAUGGGAAAGUACCAGUGGUAUGUCUGGUUUCUCUGCGGAUUUGGCUACCUCCUCGAUCUCCUCUGGGCGCAGGCUUUUGGUCUUAUCCUACAGUCCCUCGAGCAAGAGCUAGGUUUCUCUGGCAAUGAGUCGGGCAACAUCUCCGUGGCCUUCUCUGCUGGUCUGACAGCGGGAGCUUUCACCUGGGGUGUGCUGGUCGAUAUUAUCGGUCGAAAAUGGGCUUUCAACCUGACCUGCUUCAUAACCGCGGUGUUCGGCCUGGGUCUUGGAGGCUGCAACACAUACAAUGCAUUUCUGGUCGUUACUGCAUUCACUGGAUUUGGAAUUGGCGGAAAUAUCCCUAUCGACACGACGAUAUGCCUCGAGUGUAUUCCUCAGGAUCGCCGCUUCAUGCUGGCUCUACUAUCGAUCUUCCAGCCGAUUGGCGUGGUCAUCACCAGCGUUCUCGCCUACGCAUACAUCCCGAACUACUCCUGCUCUCCCAACUUCAGUCAACCGGACCCGCUGCCGUCAUGCAAGAACGUAGCCGAUGGACAGCCAUGUUGCACAAAGGAUAGCAACAUGGGCUGGCGAUAUCUCCUCUUCACUCUCGGCGCCAUCACCCUUGGUGUCUUCCUCCUACGUUCUGUCAUCUUCAGAUUCAAGGAGUCGCCCAAGUUCCUGGUCGCUCGUGGCAAGGAUCAAAAAGCAGUCGAAGUGCUACAAGCGAUAGCCAGGAUGAACAAGAGGUCGUGCAGCGUUACACUCUCGGAGUUUGAAGAGCUGAACCAUCAACACAAGAUCUCGCGUGUUAUCACCGAAGCAGAUGAGGGCAAGAAGAAGACGUGGAAUGACAUAUUCGCGGAGGAGGGAUUGCGAUACCGCGAGCUGUUUAAAGACCAGCAGAUGAUUCGCCUCACCAUUCUAGUCUGGAUCACUUACGCGUGCGACUUCUGGGGAUUUACACUUGCGGGGACUUAUCUACCUUCAAUUCUGGCCAUCAAGAACUCGGAAAUCAAUCUAUCGCUGCAGCACACCUACCGCAGCUAUAUUGCUAUCUACGCGCCCGGAAUCGUGGGAGUAGUUGUUGGCUCGAUGAUGUACGGAGUUCCAACCAUCGGCCGCAAACUCGCAAUGGUGAUUUCUUCCGGACUGAUGGGCGCCUCGAUUUUCAUCUUCAGCACCGUGAAUUCAGAGGCCUCCAACAUCGGCUUAAAUGCCAUGGAGUACUUCUUCCAGUCCAUGUUCAACGCCGUCCUGUACGGCUGGACUCCCGAGGCCUUUCCCGCACCGAUUCGAGGAACUGCGUGCGGCAUUGCUGCUUUCUGGGGACGGCUUUUCUCCAUCCUUGCGCCUCUAAUAGCUCAGAGCAGGAUACCAACGAGUGGCUUGGCGGAUAAUCCUGAAUCGAUCAACACCGUAUUGUGA